AUGGGUUCAGUGUCGGUGCAGAAGCGGUGGCGGAAGGCGUGCGGCGCCAUCAAGGACUCCGCCACCGUGGGGAUCGCCAAGGUGAACAGCGGCGGCGGACGCGAGCGCAAGGACCUCGACGUCGCCGUGGUCAAGGCCACCACCCACGUCGAGCGACCGCCCAAGGAGCGUCACGUCGCCGCGAUCUUCGCCGCCACGUCCUCCUCCCGCCCGCUCACCGACGUCUCCUACUGCGUCCAUGCGCGCUCGCCAAGCGCCUCUCCAAGACGCGUCGCUCUGAAGACGCUGAUCGUGAUCCACAGGACGCUGCGCGAAGGCGACGCGGCGUUCAGGGAGGAGCUGCUCGGCUACCGGCGCAACGGCCACGCCCUGCGGAUGUCCAACUUCAAGGACGACUCCAGCCCACAAGCAUGGGACUGCUCUGCGUGGGUGCGCACGUACGCGCUGUAUCUCGAGGAGCGGCUUGAGUGCUUCAGAGUCCUCAGAUACGACAUCGAGUCCGAGCGACUGAGACCUGCAGAGGGAGACCCCAGGGGGCAGAGCAGAACAAGGACCUUAGGCCAGGACGAUCUCUUGGAGCAGCUUCCUGCACUGCAGCAGCUGCUCUUCCGGCUUGUCAGCUGUCAGCCUGAAGGGGCAGCUUUUGGAAACUACCUCAUACAGUAUGCCUUGGCUCUGGUGUUGAAGGAAAGCUUCAAGGUCUACUGUGCACUCAAUGACGGGAUCAUUAACCUUGUGGAUUUGUUCUUUGAUAUGACAAAACUUGAUGCUAUCAAAGCUCUGGACAUCUAUAGAAGGACAGGAAAUCUGGCGAAGUCUCUUUCUGAUUUCUACGAGCUCUGCAGAGGUCUGGAACUGGCCAGAAGCUUCCAGUUUCCAAUUCUGAGAGAGCCACCACCAUCAUUUCUUGGAACAAUGGAGGAGUACAUCAGAGAAGACCCUAGAACUGCACCUCUUCCAAAUGAGACCAUAGAGUACCAGCAGCUAGAUUUCGUAAUUCGUUACGAAAAAGAACAAACCCCUGAACUGACGUUCGAGGCGUUUGAAGAACCUGUUGCAGAGGAAGCUCCUCCUGAGCAUGAAGAACCUGCUCAGUUUGCAGAUGAUGACAGCGACGAUGAGCCUGAAACUCCGACUGCUACUGCCGAUUUGCUGGGCCUGCAUGAAGUAAACCCUGCUGCUGCUGCACUUGAAGAGAGCAAUGCACUGGCUCUUGCCAUAGUACCACCAGGCAAGCUUCAAGCACCAUUUUCCGCACCUGAUUGCUGUGGUUCCAGCAACGCGUCUGCAAUCGGUUUGAGUGAGAUAACAGGAUCGUCAGGCUGGGAGCUAGCUCUGGUCACAGCCCAGCCCAGCAGCAGCAACCAGCUGGCAGAGAGCAAGCUGGCUGGGGGCUUCGACAGGCUUCUGCUGGAUAGCUUGUACGAGGACGGCGCAAGGAGGCAGCAGCAGGCAACCAUGAAUGCCGCCUAUGGAAAUGGGCACGCCUCUGAUCAGCAGAACGAUCCGUUCGCGAUGUCCAACGGCGUGGCGCCGCCGACCGGCGUGCAGAUGUCGAUGAUAGCGCGGCAGCAGCAAGCCAUGUUUGGGAUGCCGCAGCAGUUACAGUUUCAGCCUCAGUAUGGCGCCGCCGCUGUGUCUCAGUUCAACCCUUUCGGCGACGCCUACUCCGUUGCACUGUCAUCCCAGGGUGCCCCUCUGCAUGGGAGCGGCGGCAGCUUGAUCUGA